UGGAGGUCUUUCAGUUUCCUCGACUGGUUCCUCUUUAGCAGUUUGUUGGCUCGUUGUUGUUGUUGUUUUGGCGUCAUGUCUUCGACCGUAAAAAAACUACUUGUUACUUAUAAUGCAAUCAAUCCGCAGAACACCUUCACCAACGGGGACGUGAUCUGCGGCCAGGUGACGCUGGAAGUGGCCAAAGACUGUCAGAUGGACUUUUUGUACAUUAAAUUCAAGGGAAAAGCUGAAGUGAGGUGGACCGAGAGGCACGGCAAMACCACUCAUGUGUACCACUCCAAAGACAAAUACUUCAGCGUCCGACAGUACUUUAUUCGAGGCAAAAACGUCAAGAAUGACAAAUCAAAUCUGCUGACCAACCAGAAUUCAGAAACAUAUUCCAGUGUCGUGGCUCCAGGAAUCCAUGUUUAUCCGUUCUCCUUUCAGUUUCCUCCCCAGAAUAUUCCCUCCUCCUUCAAAGGUGCUGAUGGUAAAGUUGUGUAUUUGCUGGAGGCCAGGUUGAGCAGAUCAAUGAGACUGGACAAGACGGAGUCAACGCUGAUCAACUUUGUGGCAAAACCAGACCUUGGCCCUCUUUCUGGGUUGAUGACACCUCAACAAGAGUCAAAAGACAAGAAAAUGAACGUGUUCACCUCAGGAGCCGUAGCCAUGGAUGUGAAGCUUGAAAAAUCAGGCUUCUUCCAAGGAGAAGGGUUGAAAGUUUUGUUGUUUGCCAAGAACAAUUCAUCCCGUGAGAUCAAGCCAAAGUACUGCAUAUACAGAAAGCACUGUUUCUUUGCCCAGGGAAAGAGACGAGUGCAUACUAAGGACCUCAUUAAAGAGGUGGGGGCACCCAUUCCUCCGUCAGCUUCAGAAAAGAUCACGCAGAUCCUCAACAUUCCCCAUGACAUGGAGCCUUCCAUCCUCAACUGCAGCAUCAUCACAUCAGAAUACAGACUCAGG